UGAUAAAGAAGAAGGUAGCGGCGCGCGCACUUGGAAGUUUGGAACGCCUCUUUGGCAAAGUGCAGUACUGCGUGGAUCGACUAGGGGCCGCGGAGAACAAUACACGGUUGAAGUGGAGACAUUUGAACAGAAACCAGCGUCUUACGCACAACAGCACCCUGAGCGAUGCUAAAACGCAUCCAGGAAAGCCUAACCAAGCUCACGUACUCGACCUCUUCCGACCCUGCAACCCUGGAAAGGACAUCGUCCUCACAUUACAGCGACACCAGUAAUGGAAGUGCUGGGUCUGACGCCAAGGGAUUCGACUCGUCUUCCCAUAAGCCGCCCCAGGCAAGAACGACCCAAUCGACAAGACCUGCCGCCUGGGAGAGAGGCACGAGUAAAGGGACCCCGGCCACCCCUAAGGCCACGCGUCUCACCAGGCCUGACAAGAACCAUCAACAGUCGUUUGAAUCUUUGGCGCACACGACAGAAGAAGCGUGCGCGUUUCUAGCCAACUCUAGCGACAUGUACCCACCAUUCAACGAGGGCGUGAUCGACAAGGGAGCCAGCGUUGCGACCUCUGCGGAACAUAAUGAAGGGAUUCCUAGGAACAGCGAAUGCCUCGCCCUCGUCAACGCUCGCAGUUCCGUCGUCAGCGGACCAUCCGGGCAUCCAGAGAGGGGAUUUAAUCUCGGUCUGUUAACUGUAACAUGGGUUGCUUUGUUGUCGAUAGGGUUGUCCGCCCAUUAUGUGUACAAGAUCAAUGUUGGAGCCUCUGCCUUGACCACUACUACUCCCAUCUACUACGAUGCACCUAUGUCCUCUCGGGACAGCAAUUCCCGCAAGGGGAUUACUCUGCCAAAUGCGACGGGCACUUCAAACCGGAACCGCUUUCCUGUAAACGUGCUGGAGAAGUUGAAAUACAUACCAACGACUGACGCUGAGGACAUGUCUUCGCCUUUGACUACAAAGGCACAGCGCAGGAAGGUUCGUGUUUGGGAAGGAAGGCGAAUGUAUGCACAGCGCAGUGGUGAGGGCGAAGAGAAGCCGACGUCACCCGUCCGUGCGAUAAUUACAUUAAAUGGUACAGGUGGUGUAGGUUCAACGACGCCCAAGGCACAAACCUUCACAAGACACGUUAUAGCGGGCAGAAACAUAGGACGUAGUGCUGUGGCAGGUGUGAAACACAUGAAGUUCUGCGAGACGAAAAUCUGUGAAGAGGAAUCGCUCUACUUAACGAAUUACUUGGACUGGAGCGCGGAACCAUGCAAGGAUUUCUAUGGCUUUGCUUGUAAUCGUUGGAAAGAGCUACACCCUGGCGUCGGUGAUUCCGUGGACACACUGUUGGUAAAGAAAAUCGAAGAAGGCAUGUAUCACGCACUCACGGCAAGUGGGAGAACCACAGCAGAUACUGCAACGGCUGGGCAUCUCAUCAACUCUUGUACGCAGAAGCCGUUGGAUGAAAAUCACAAAUCGAUUCUUUUAGAAUUCAUGAAGGGUCUGGGCUUGCGUGGGUGGCCAUUCUCCAGGAGCACAAAGACAAUCGAAGAUGUCUGGAAGUCUGAAAGCCUUUUGGUACGCAACCUGGGACAUGGCUCUCUGGUGUCCGUCACACUUGAUGUCCACCCCGAGAAUGAAGACAGGUAUAUCGUUGCUGUGGGUGAACCGAGCCUUCUAAUAGGUCAGUUUGGAACCAAGAACAACGUUCUUCCUGAAUGGUACACUGUGGCAAUAUCAACGUGCCUGAAGAUCUUUACAAACUCCAAAUACUCCGAAAUCGCAAAGGCCGUGCGCAAUUUCUCAGCCAUACUGGCGGGCAUAUCUGUUCACCGGGGCUACGAGACCUUUGCUGCUCGACGUUAUAAGGUCCUCCAGCUUAGACAGUACGGCCACCUCGUCCAGGUCCUCGCCCUUGUCUUCCGGAACAUAACGAAUGUAGGCAAUCGAAUGAGGAUUAUCAUCAAGUCCGAAGCCUACCUGCAAUCACUUCGCACGGUUAUGCGGAUGACGAGACCCAUCGACAUUCUCAACUACAUGGGCUUUCGAGCCCUACUGCACAUAUCGCCGCUGCUUCCAGACCAAGCCAUGGAACUGGCAAAUAUUCAAAUGAGGGAACUCACCGGAACCAAUAGUGUGGCGUGGUCCAGAUGGAGACGAUGCUUGCGAAUGUUCGAGCAUGUCCUUCCAUAUGUAUUCCUGCACGCAUAUGCCAUAAACAAUUUGGCGCUUGUGAACAAAGACAACAUGUGGACGCUUGUGAACGAGAUACAAGCGACCUUUGUCACGAAUAUCAACAGCGCUCCUUGGAUGAGCAUUGACGACAAGGUCGUGUUGAAGAGCAAGCUCUCAAAGAUAAAACUGAAAGUUUUCCACAAGUUUUGGAAGAAAAGUUCUAAUCGGCAUCUUUUCAUGGACUUGUCGGAUGUGUCAAGUAUCAGGGGAAUAGUGAACAUUUACGUGGCACUCUCAAGGCAGGUGAUGAAACGAAAGCUGUCAAGGAUAACACUAUCUCGAAGGACACAAGUUCAAGAAUGGAAGGGGUCUAUGUUCGACACAGAACCGACAUUCGACGCAGAAUCGAAUUCUGUCUUUAUUCCAAUUUCCAUGUUUGAUCCACAGUACAUGAUCGACAAUGAAUCCAUGCUGCUCCAAAUACCGCAUGUUGCGACGAAAGUUAUCAGCGCCUUGUUCAAGGGGAUCCAUCAAGAUAAUUAUCUGCAGAGCAAGCUCACGUGGUCCGUGGACACAGAACUCGGGUACCACGACAUCCAGAAAUGUCUCCUUCGGCACUACAAGAAUGCGUCCCACGAAAGGUUGCGAAAUGAAAUCACGUCGGAGUUGAACGCAGUAGACAGCCUGUCUAUCCUGCCUGCAUUUAAAGUGUUCGUCAAGAAAGCGAAUCAGGCUAACAUAGAAGACUACGGCCUUCUGACCGGGGGAAAUAUCACAGUGAAACAAUUGUUUUAUCUCUUGUACGCAAAGGGUUUUUGUGAAACUAUGGACAGUGAACGUCGGAAGCAGGUUAUGGAGGAAUCUCAACACAGCAUCAAUAAUCUUAGGGUGAAUGGACCACUCCGGAAUUCUUUUCGGUUUCCGGCCUUCUGGAAUUGUCCCAGUCAUUCGCCGAUGAAUCCUAACCAGAAGUGCACCAUAUGGACUUUGUGAUUUAACGUUCGUCAGCUUUCAAUAUUUAUUUCCUCGUGCAUAUAGAUAGCUGAUUUAGCGGAAAUGCAGCUUUUGUUGCGAUUUUU